AUCCGCUUAGCAACAUUGUAAACAAUCGUACGGUAUACUCUCGAUCGAUCGACUAUUUUUAAUUUGCGAGAAAGACGUGCAAAGUUUCAGAAAUGGCAGAUUGUGUUCAAGUCCUUGACCCUAAUUACAAAAGAAUUGCAGGGUCCAUUAGAUCAGGACGAUUACAUAAAGGACAAGGGGUGAUAGCAGCAACAUCUUCCAUUCCAAGUAAAUACCAAACUAUUGUUACCAAUAAUGCUGAUCAAAGAGGAUUUGGUGCUACUUCCAAACGAUUCAACUAUGACAUUACACUUAAUGAAAAUCCAGGUCCCGGUUCAUACGUGGACCAAACUAAACCUAUCCUCGUGAAACCAUCAUUCUCAAAGAAAGGAAUGGGAGUGGGAUUUGUUUCCAAGGAAAGAAGAGCUAAGAAACACAAGAGUACCCCGGGCCCAGGUCCGGCCUAUGCUUUACCUAGUAUGCUGACCACAAAGAAAGAUUUCAACAGUGCCACGGCAACAAGUAGCUUUCAUACACCCAUUGCGGUACCCAGGGACAAGGAAUCAAAUUUACCUGCACCAAAUCAUUACAAGGUUUCAGACAGCACUAUGAGGAGACAUUAUGGCAGCCAAUUCCAAGCAUCGUUUAAAUCAACAUCGAAAAGAGUUGACUACAACAAAGUCCAGAGUGUUGCCCCAGCUCCUUGCCAUUAUACAAUCAAUGAGACGUUAACUAAAGAGGCACCUAAAGUUCCUAUGAGCAGUUUUAAAUCAACGUCAAACAGAGACCUCAUACCAAACAAAGCAAAGAAUCCUGGUCCAGGCCAUUAUCACCCUCAUGAGCCUGUCGAUGAGGCUACAAGAACGUUGUUUCCGAAGAAGCACUACCUGUGUAUCUCCGCACCAGCCAUGCCCCUCCCCCCUCCUCUCCCAGACCCAGGACCAGGUAGCUAUGAACUGGUCAACUACAAGGGACCACCAAAGCAUUACAUGUCGGGAUCGGUGUUUGUCUCGUCUACCAGUCGAUGGACGGGCGAAGCUCAGAAUACUGACUUUCCUGGCCCAGCUACAUACAGGCCGCAGACACAGAACAAGAAGCAAUCGUUCCUUUACAACGCUCAGACUAAAUGGGCGCUACCUUGAACAUGAUCAGCUUUCAGAUCAAACUUGUAACAAAACUCAUAAGACUGGGGAUCAAAAUCAAGAUUGUCAGGAACGCACUGCCGAAGACGAGCUUGAAAGGAUCAAAGGCAGGAUCGUCAGAAGUCAUACAUGAGAUUUUGUUUGUUGGUUGGCUUGAACAACUACUUUAAUACACGCAUCUACAUCAAAUGCGGGAAGAGUGCCGAGUCAUCAUGCUGACUUGAAGACCCUCAUUCAACGUUCUUUUUUACUUGCCAAGGAAGACUCGGUCUGAGUUCCAAUUAACAAAUAUAUUGGUGUCUGUGACUGAUGUUUUGAAUAGAAGAUUUAUGUGAAUAAAAGCAUGGUUUGAGUCUGUUGGCUAUUAACUACCAGUAUAGAUAGAUCAAAUCCCUUGAUUUUUUUUUCUUGUGUUUUAAUAACGUUGUUCCAUGACAAGAGUUGGAGCU